AGUGCGGCUAGUUGCCAGUCAGUCGGCCUUCGUCUCUGAAAGAGGAUUCGCAUUAGAGCUACAUUCGGAAGCUGAGUCAUCUAGGUCAAGCAGUUCACUAGCUGGUAGUCCUGUCUGCUUCAAUUGUAAAAUGCGCUUGUCGACAAUACUUGAGCUUUUGCUCAUAUUCUUACUUGUAGCUUUCGCUGCUUACGGAAGAGUCAUCGAACGCAAUAUUCACGCUAUUGAUACAAAAAUCAGCUCAGUUAAUAGCUCUACAUCAUUAAAACAAGCAACUGAAAAUGUUAACAAAUAUUGUACUUGCAACGAAAAUAUUUGCAACUGUUGCAGAGAUUUUCAUAUUCCACUUGUACAAUUAUCAGGACCCGGCUGUGCCUCAUUACAGUAUCUUCAAGAUGACAAAUUAGCUAUGCAAUUAAACAUCGGGGAUAAUAUAUUAUCUAGUAACAUAAUUAAUGGUAAGAAUCCAAAGCCUGUUUGCGUUACUUUACCAGGUGGUUUCUCAAAAUUUUGUGGUAAAAUUUAUUCUAUUAAAAGAGAUGCUGAUAAACAUUUUAAAGCUUGUCUUGGACUUGAAUUAAGAUCCGUCACUGAACUGGAAGCAAGUCUACGAGUGAGCUGUUUUCGUUUUGGCCCCGAUGGUCUGAAACUACGACCAGCUGAACCAUUACCAGCUACUAUUAUUGAGUCUGCCUCUGAUGAUGAUUACGAUGACAUCUUUGGUUUAAGUGAUGACGAAGAUGAUGAUGAUGAUGAUGAAGAUUAUGAAAAAAUAAAUCCUGAAAACAAUGUAGUUUUUGGCAUCUCAAGUAAUAAAAACCAAGCUCUUGAACAAGAAGAAGAGGACGAAGAUGAUCUUUUAGGUUUUGGGGCCCUUUUUGAUAUUUUUACUGGUGAAGAUGAUUCUUCUCGUGAUAAAAAAAUUAAAGUGACUUCAACACAAUCGCCAAAUUCUUUCAUUAUACCAAUUUUGCCAUUAGCAUCAACUGUGGUACAUACUAUUACUGAAUCUCCUGUAAGUAAAAAUCCAAUUUCUACUAUUGCUACGAUUGAGCCUAUCGUUUCAUCUAUUAUUACUUCAUCCUCUCGACCACUGGAUACAUCAACGUCAAAUUUACACUACAAAACUAAUUUUACUGUCAUAAAUUUAUCUAAUGAUUCCAAUAUUGAAACUACUUAUUAUCCAUUAAAAGAAAUAUUAAAAGAAAACACAGAAAAAACUAUUUAUGAUAGUACUACGUAUAUUACUGGCAGUGCUAUCACUGAAUCAAAUAAUAUUUCUGAAGAAAACGAUAUAAAUAACUUAGAUAAUAUUAAAAUUAAGAAAAUAAAAUCAAAAACUACAAAUAAAAAAAUUAUUAGUGGCACUUCACAAAAUGUCAACACUAUUAAUAACAAUAUUAUAAAAUUACAACAAACUUAUCAAAGUUCUAAUGAUGAUCCAGAUAAUGAUUACGAUUUUGAUUCUAGUCAAGAGUAUGAAAGUAAUGAAAAUGAUGAAAAUAAUAAGACGAAAAUAAUUAGCAGUAUACAAAAUGAAAAAGAAGAUAACAAUAAUACUGAUAAACAUGUAGAUAGUGAUGAAGUACCAGUUGUAGAUGAAGUUGAUUAUGAAGAAGACGAUGAUAAUGAUGAUGAAACAGAAGUAGAAGAUGAAGAAGACAAUGAAGAAGAAGCCGUAAUUGAUGCUUUUUUAAAAGAUGGUCAUAAUAAAUCAAAUAAUCAAGCAGAUAAAUACAAAAAAAAUAAAAAUAAAAUUAUAGCCAAUAAAACUAAUGAUUUACAAGAAUAUGAUAAUGAUUAUACUUAUGAAUUGACUGAUCUUUUGGCUCGAAAGCAACAUUCACUUUCAACCAUCGGUAAUAAAAACUUUGCAAGAAAAAUUGCAAGGCGAAGUAAAGUUAUGAAAUUUUCAGACUGAAACUUCUUAAAUUUUGAAAAAUCUUUUGUUAAACGUAUUUACAGU